AUGGUUGGAGGAGGAGUUAUCCAGCAGCUUCUGAGGAGGAAACUUCAAUCCCAAUCAGUAGCAACUCCGGUCUUGUCGUGGUUCUCUUCUAAGAAAGCUACUGAAGAUGUUGGGUCUGCUGGUGUUAGAGCAUUUGCCCUCGUGGGUGCUGGUAUUACAGGAUUAUUGAGUUUUUCUACAGUAGCAUCUGCUGAUGAAGCUGAACAUGGCUUGGAGUGUCCAAACUACCCAUGGCCACAUGAUGGCAUUCUCAGCUCAUAUGACCAUGCUUCGAUCCGUCGUGGUCACCAAGUUUAUCAGCAAGUCUGUGCAUCUUGUCACUCAAUGUCUCUGAUCUCGUACCGAGAUUUGGUGGGUGUUGCCUACACAGAGGAAGAGGCAAAGGCAAUGGCAGCUGAAAUCGAGGUUGUUGAUGGACCAAACGAUGAGGGUGAGAUGUUCACCCGACCCGGUAAACUCAGUGACCGGCUUCCUGAACCAUACUCAAAUGAAUCAGCUGCAAGGUUUGCCAAUGGAGGAGCUUAUCCACCUGAUUUAAGUCUUAUAACUAAGGCACGUCACAAUGGCCAAAAUUAUGUCUUUGCUCUUUUGACUGGUUACCGUGAUCCUCCAGCUGGAAUUUCGAUCAGAGACGGUUUACACUACAAUCCUUAUUUCCCUGGUGGAGCAAUCGCUAUGCCAAAGAUGCUCAAUGAUGAAGCUGUGGAAUAUGAGGAUGGAACCCCUGCGACUGAAGCACAGAUGGGUAAAGAUGUUGUAUCAUUCUUGUCCUGGGCAGCUGAACCAGAAAUGGAAGAGAGGAAAUUGAUGGGUUUCAAAUGGAUCUUUUUACUAUCUUUGGCUCUGCUUCAAGCUGCAUAUUACAGGAGACUGAAAUGGUCAGUUCUGAAAUCCCGUAAGCUUGUUCUCGACGUUGUGAACUAA